AUGACCAAGAAACGCUGGUUCCGCUUCGAUGGACGUCCACUAGCUUCGCUGCGGGUGCCGGAAGACGCCGAAGACGUUGGCGAUCUCUGCGACGCAUUGCUCCAGCAGUUGAAGCUGCCCUGGGCUAAGACAGCAGCGCUCAAGGUGUACACCAACGCGGCCUACAACAGAGGAGAAAGACUGGGGCUCCAUAUAAAGCUGGGUGCUAUUGGAGAAGACCCGGCUGAUCCGUUCAUCGUCGAAUUGUCGCGGAUCUGGUUCCAGCUAGUAUCUAGUAGUCCUGGCGGCGCUGCGUUCAAGAACACCUAUCCAGACGCGGCGCUUGCACCUGAAGGGAGUACAAUGAGUCACGUGCUGGAGACGAUCUUCGGUGAGAGUGGCGGCAUUCUAGACGGCCUCUCGACAUCUCAGCAUGUGGCUUAUGAGAGCCGUAACGCUAAGACGCCUUUGGAGAGAGAUGCAGCGGCCGGCGCCUCUGGAAGAGCCGAGAACGCUCCGCUUAUUGUGGUAGUGCGGCAGCCUCACGAAAGAGUGUGGCACCUUUCCAUCGACCAAAAGUAUGUUGGCGCCAUCCAGCAGUACAAGGAAGUCGCUCAUCUUCUGAAAGAUUCACCGGAAGUGAAGACAAUAGAGAGUGUGACCGAGAACUUCACAGCGUCAGGAACGAAUCGUUUCAUUGUGUUGGAGAAUUCCUCGGGGACGGGGAAGACGCAGAUGGCCUUCAACUUGGAAGCCAAUGGCGUGUAUGACGUGUUCUAUGUGCUCAGCACCUACGGCUUGACCGGUAUUCGUGGGCCGCAAGGCCCGCCGGCCUCCGCGUGA